GCAGGCUUAUUAAAAGUAUAAACAGACGUUCUCGCUGCUGAAAAGUUCAUGUAUUAUUCAAGAAAAUGACACUCGAGCGAUACUUACAAAUACUUUUUAUACUCCAAGUGACCGUCGCACGAGAAGAUGACAACUGCAGCAUCGUAUACGAUGACAACAAAAAUUGCUUAUUGAAGGAGUUGCUAAUGAUGAUUGAUCACAGUGCCAACCAGUUGGCGGUGGAUAAGAAGAAAAAUGCCCUGUACUUCAGUCUCGAUAGCAGCCGCGGGAAAUUUAGCCCUGCGGUCCUUGACAUAGAUACUAAGAGGCUUACACUACUUGAAGGCGUAAAAGACGCCCUUGCUGUGGCAGUGGACGAAGAAACAGGUGAUGUCUAUUUCGGAGGAAGCAAAGGAAUUUACAAGUUCACGGGGAUAGAGAAGAAAGUGCAAAGAUUACAUUUGAAGCAAGUUGUUCGGUGGUUAAUUUUAAGAGGAUACAUCUAUUACAUCCAACUAACAGAUUCUAAAGCGUACGUCUACAGAUUGUUUAACAUCAAACGCUUUCGUCAAGUCCAAAAUGUUACUAUGAAUCAAUUCGUUUUUGACGCGGAGCGCAAUGUCUUUUUUAUCAAUGGGACGGGACUUUACAGAGUUUCUAGAUACCAUGACACAGUUAGACUGGUCAGAAAAUCUUCAAAUUUCUUCGGGAUGACCACUAAUAAUGACGGACAAGUAUUUGUAAGUACUAAUGAGGGUAUUUACUAUAUUAAAGGUGGUCUGACGCUGGUUAAAUAUACUGAUAUACGAGGUGUUGUAGCGAUGACAUUUGAUAGAUACAACAAUAUGAUUUAUUCGGACUCUCGGAAAUUAGUUCGGCUCCUGCCAAUGUCUAAUAAGAAUGGUGUAAAAACUUCAAAUGUUAAUAAUAUUCUUCUAGUGAAGUUAUUGUCAUACAAUAAAAUCAAGGUUUUGCGAACUACAAUGAUAUUAAAAUAUAUGAAGAUUAUUUUGAUUCUCCAGGCUACUACAACACAAGGUGGAAAAUACUGCAAUAUAAUAUCAGCAGAUGAGAAAAAGUGCCACUUAAGGGAAUCACUUGUCAUCAUCGACCAUAGCGCUAAUCAGAUAGCAGUGGACAAGAGAUCUAACACCUUGUAUUUCAGCUUCGAUGCAGGCCAAGGCGAAUUCAACCCUGCGUUGAUCGGAAUAGAUACCAAAAAGCUAAAGCUGCUUAAAGGAGUUAAAGAUGCUUUUGCUAUAGCUACGGAUGAUAAAACUGGUGAUGUAUAUUUUGGUGGAAGCAACGGCGUUUAUAAAUAUAGCCAGUUGAACAGCAAGCUAAUGAGACUGGAUAUAAAGCAGUUAGACGUGUGGUGGUUAGUGAUACGGAAUCAUAUAUAUUACAUACAGUUUCCAGACUUGAAGGCCUAUGUGCAUAAAUGCAAGAUGAUCAGAUUACUAGAACAGCUUCACAGCAGCGUAAUGAACCAAUUUGUCUUCGAUGCUGAAAAGAAUAUUUACUUUAUAAACGGUACAGGUCUUUACAGAGUUGGCAAAGAUGACACCAAGGUGGUAUUACUAAGAAGCACACCAAAAUUUUUAGGAAUGACUACUAACAUAUAUGGUACAGUGUACGUGUGCAGCGACAGUGGAAUUUACUACAUUAGGAAAGAUCAGAAGUUGGCAAAAUUUGUGAGCAUCCAAGGUGUGUUAGCGUUGACAUUUGACAAAGAUAACCACUUGAUUUACUCUGAUUCUCGUGAGCUAGUCCGUCUCCUGCCUAUGGAGAAGAGGAUUAAAAAGAAUGAAUCUCGGAAGUCUCUUGCAGGGGAUGUGAGGAAUGUGACGGUUUGUGAAGUCUUCACGAUGCUUGUUAGUCCAAAACCAAAGGCGAUAGUUGAAGAAGAACAUCAAUGCGCUAAUUCAUUAAACACCUUGUAA